UCAACGCCCCCCCAUCGUAUUUGUGAUCCCUUCCUUGUCGGAAGCCCCCCCUCUUAUCGUUUUAGUGAUCCUUUAUUCUGAGACGCGCACAGGAACUCCCUUGGCGCGUUUCCCACUCUUGAACAACCGCAAUCAUGGCGCCCGCAAAGCAGAAAGCCCAGAAGAUGUCUCUGGGCAACUUCUUGGCCGACGAGAACUUCGGUUCCUGGGCUGACGAGAUGGAGGACAUGCCUAUGCCUGCCGCUCCCGCUCAGUCCAGCUACGGAGGCGAUCGUCGCUCGGCUGCUCCCUCGUCUGGUUUCGGAAAUGGUUUUGGUGAGCGUGAGCGUGGUGGCUACGCUGUGAGAGAGCCUCUGCCUCUCCCGACCCAGCCCCCUUACACCGCUCACGUCGGAAACCUGUCGUUUGAUGCGACCUCCGCCGAUAUCUCCGACCUCUUUGUUGACUGCAGUGUAACCAAUGUCCGUGUUGUUGAGGACAAGUUGACCAAGGCCCCCAAGGGCUUCGGAUAUGUCGAGUUCGAGACUGUCGAUGGCCUGAAGAAGGCACUCGACCUCUCUGGCGCCACCCUUCAGGGCCGUGCCAUUCGUGUUAGCAUUGCUGAGCCUCCCAAGGAGCGUGAUGUCAAGGAAUUUGACUGGACUCGCAGAGGUCCCCUCCCGGAGCUUCCCCAGCGUCGUGUGCCCGACCGCUCCUCUUUCGGCCGCAACCUCGACAACGUGUCUGACGCCGGUAGCGAACGGGCCACUGGCCGUCGCAACUUCGAGGGUGAUGGAAAGUUCCGUGAUUUCAGCAACUGGGAACGUAAGGGACCUCUCUCCCCGCCACCUGCACCUGUGAGAGAAGGCCGCCCCCGCGGUGACGAUGGCCCUGGUUUCAGAAGAAGCUCCCCCGCCUGGGGUGAGGGACGCUCUCAGGAUGGCUCCCGCCCCCCGAGACGCGAAUUCCAAGAACGCACCCCUACUGCUGCCGACCUUGACAACCAAUGGAGAUCCAAGAUGCGCCCCGACCAGCCCGCCAAGGAGUCUAGCAACCCUCCUUCUCCUGCUGCUGCCCCUGCUGCUCCCGCGACUCGUCCUCGUCUGAACCUUCAAAAACGGACUGUCACCGACGCCGCUUCCACGCCCUCUGCCGGCGCGGAAUCCAAGGCCAGCCCCUUCGGUGGUGCCCGGCCCAUCGACACCGCCGCCCGUGAGAAGGAGGUCGAGGAACGUCGCCAGAUCGCCAUCCGCCAGAAGAAGGAAGCGGACGAGAAGGCGAAGGCCGAGAAGACCGACAAGACGGAGAAGCAGCGUCCUGCCAAGGACCAGCCCAAGGAGAAGUCCGGAUCUUCGGCGGAUCCCAAUGGCCGCGACACCGCUGAGCACGCCCAGGGUGGCAAGAACUUCGACAUCCUCCGGCAGGCCGGCGAGGAUGAGAGCGGCAUGACCGCGGAUCAGGACCAGACGGAGGAGGCUGCUGCCGCUGCCAAGGGCGCCGAAGCCUCGACUGAAGCUGCCCCCAGCAAGGCCAACGGCAGCUGGAGGUCCGGCCCUGCCGAGACCGGCGCCGACGACGAGGGCUGGAGCACCGUGAGCUCGAAGCCGCGCAACAACCGCCGUGGCGGCCGCACGUUCGCAUAGACCCGAUACCCCAAAGCUGGUCAUCAGCUGACCGAAACCUUGCGCCAUGCCCCGAGAUGCGUAUCGUGACGAGAAGCCCUCGCUCUUGCUUCUCCGGGCUCUGAUCCUGGUCGCUUCUGGCUGUCCCAGCGAACGCUGUGGUGCAUGGCCCGGUGGAUUUUGGUUACGUCG